UCUCUCCAGUCUUGCCUUCGGACGGGGGUUCGUUCUCAUCGCCGCAGCUGCACAUCGCCAACGUCGCCAACGUCGCCAUCCUGGCCAUCGGCUCUCCUUCCCGGCCAACGCAGCUGCCCCCGUUCAUCAAGCUCCAGCCCUCCUCGCCAUGCUCGCCGGAAACCUGCCCGACACCGAGGUCCCGCCAGGCACCCCCAGCGAGGCUCCGGUCCUUCGACUCAGCUCGUUCUUUGGCGAGGUCAUCGUGGCCAAGUAUCGGCCGCAGCCGUCGCUCGACGACCCCAGUCCGCUGGGCUCGCAGUCGGUUGCCAUUACACCCAUUUCCUGUCCAACGGACGAAGCCCUCCAUGAGAUGCAGUAUGACAUCACGACUCUGACAAAGAUCCGCCAUCCUCGCCUCGCCCGCAUCUUUGGAAUCGCCCAGCAAGCCCCUCUUGGCGACUAUGCGAUUGUCUCGGAGACCACCGUUAUGGGCACAUUGGCAUCGCUCCUGCGCCGCAACCACAACAAGGCCCCCCUGAACGUCGCCUGGAAGGACCGCAUCCAGAUCGCCGCCGAUGUCGUCGAGGGCCUGCUGGAACUGCAGGAGACCUAUGGCCCGCACGGCAGCCUCACCUCCGAUUGGGUUCUGCUCGACGAUGACCUCAGGGCCAAGGUCGCUGGGUUUGGCUUCCGUUUUGGCCGUGCGGGGUUCCUGCUUACCUCACGGCAGCCUGGGAUCGAUAACCUGGCCAAGAUUUACGAAGCCCCUGAGCUGAGUGCCGAUCCCGAUGCACCGGUCACAUUCCUGUCCGAUGUAUUUGCCGUCGGUGUCAUCAUGACCGAGCUCGCGCUACUCAAGGGGCCAUUUGGCCAGAGCCGGACGGUGCUCGAUGAUCCCCUGGCCAUCGAUCUGCAGGCGUUUACUGGCCUUGAGCCCCAGAUAUGGACCGACCUGAACGAGGGCAUCUUGCAGGAUGUCGGCACCCCCAAGUCAUUUGUCGCCCUGAUCAAGAAGUGUCUCUCGACCCGACCCGAGAGCCGCCCGGAUAUGGGCCAAGUAUACGACCAGCUGCUGCAGAUUAUAGCCUCGACCGAAGCCCAGCUACAACGGGAUUUCGAGCGCGAGAUGCUCGAGGAGCUCCAGAGCAAGGUCGAAAAGGUUGAUGUGGCAGAGUUCAGAUCACUCCGGAAUGUCAAAAGCGCUGCCUCGCUCCAUAUCAGAGACUCCUCUGUCGACAAGCCCAAGAUCCUCCAGUUCCAGUCCAACUUCAAAAGCAAGCUGCGUGAAUGGAACUCGACCUCGUGCACGUUCUUCAGCCUGGGGGCCAAGGAUUCUGAGCUCGUGUUCGAGGCUCUGAAGAUCAACACCACCCUGCGCGAGCUCCGGAUCCACGGCUUGGCCCUCGGAGCCGAUUCUGUGCGUCUUGGCGACGCACUCCUCAAGAAUCAUUCGCUGCGGGAGCUCGACUUUUGGUCCAGCCCUAUCGGCGACAGAGGUGCAGUUGCGUUGGCCAAAGCCCUCGUUAACGGCUGCCGACUGCAAAAGCUCAACAUCUACGGCGGCUCACUCACCAACGAAGGCAUACAAGCGCUGUGCGAGGCCAUCAGCACCCACAACGAUGUGGCUCACUUGGGUCUCGAGAGCAACAUGAUCGACAUCGACAGCGCUCGAGCCAUCGGCGAGAUGCUCAAGAUCAACGGAAGCCUCCAGGUGCUCAAGCUUAGUGGAUCGCAGAUCGGCGACGAGGGGCUCCGGCCCCUGCUGAACAUGCUCAAGCAUAAUGCAGUACUGAAGGAGCUGCAUCUCCAGAACGUUCGUGCCGGAGAAGAGGGUGGCCGCAGCCUGCAAGCCCUCAAGUUCAACACGAGCCUGGAGGUGCUGCACCUUGGCAACAACACCAUCGGAGACGAAGGUGCUCUCAGUCUUGGCGAAGUCUUCAAGGUCAACCAAGUGCUGCGCCAGGUUACCAUCGGAGACAACCUGAUCACCAUGGUCGGUGCCGGGCACCUGGCUGACGGCCUGCUUCUCAACCGCUCCGUCCAAUCCCUGGUCCUCACGGGCAACGAGAUCGGCAACGAAGGCGUCAAGCACUUGGCCAAGAUGUUCCGAGUCAACGCCGCCCUGGCCCAUCUGGAUCUGGCCAUGUGUAGCGUAUCGGACGAGGGAUUGAAUGCCUUGGCCACAUCCUUGAGCGUAAACAGUGGACUCCAAACGCUGCUGCUGGGCAACAACAGGAUCUGCAACGGUCCGUCGCUGGGCGAGAUGCUGAGCAAGAACCAAAGACUGCUCAAGCUCGACCUGAGCCACAACCAGCUCAACGGAUUCACCAUCGAUGCCCUGAGCGAUGGCCUGCGCCAGAAUCCGUCGCUGCAGGAGCUCAAUCUCGAGUCGAACGGCGUCGGCCUCUCUGGCGCAGAUGCGCUAUCCAGCUGCCUGAAGACCAACCGAUCGCUGCUGGACCUGAAUCUGGUGGACAACCAUCUGGGCGAGCGCGGCCUGCAGCGUCUGAUCGACGGCCUCGUGCACAACGAGACGCUGCGGCUGCUGGACCUGUCCAACAACAGCAUCAGCGAGCACGCGAUUCAGAUGAUGGAAGAGCUUCCUCGAGUCGAGCAAGGGCUGCUGGACGUGUACAUGUUUGGAUGAUUUGGAUGAUUACGCAGCGCUCAUAAAGCGAAACGGUGCGCCCUGGUCUCAUUUUGAAUGGAAUGCACACCACAUACGUAUCAUCCACCUUGGCCGUCCAACCGAAGGAGCAGGAGCGGGGAGUACCUCGCCAGCCCUGCCAUAUGGGGUCCCUCGAGCGCCCCGAGCAGUCCUGUUCCCCGGCGACCGUGGCAACAACGACCGUGACAACAGCGGUGAUGUGAUGGCUCGGCGAGAUUACA